AUGAUAAAAACUGAAAAUGGAACGGGAAAUAUUGGAAAAAGUAAAAAGAGAUAUAGUCCUAAUAUCUUUUCGCGGCUUUUCUUCUGGUGGAUGUGUCCCGUGCUUGUCACCGGUAAUAGAAGAGACGUAGAAGAAAAAGAUCUUAUUGUGCCUAAUAAGCAUUAUGAUUCUGAAAGGCAAGGAGACUAUUUUGAAAGAUACUGGUUCAAUGAACUAGAUAGAGCUACAAAAGAGAACAGGGAACCAUCGCUGGGGAAGGCCAUGACCAGAGCAUACUGGUUAGCUUACAUGCCAGGUGCCCUUUACGUCAUCGUGAUUACCGCGAUGAGGACUUCUCAGCCAAUUUUAUUCGCGCAACUGCUAUCCUUUUGGUCAGUGGAUAGUCCUAUGAGUCGCUUAGACGCAGGGCUGUAUGCAUUUGCUAUGUUGGGUAUCAAUUUCUUCAGCAUGUUACUCCAACACCACAACUCAAUUUUCGUGUCCCGCUUCAGUUUAAAGGUUAAAGUUGCAUGCUCAUCUUUAUUAUAUAGAAAGUUGCUGCGUAUUAGUCAAGUGUCAGUGGGCGAGGUUGCUGGCGGCAAGUUGGUGAACCUUCUAUCCAACGACAUCGCGAGGUUCGACUACGCGUUCAUGUUUUUACAUUAUUUGUGGAUAGUGCCUAUACAGGCUGCCGUGGUACUCUACUUGCUAUAUAUAACUGCUGGAUAUGCUCCAUUCGUGGGAUUAUUUAGCGUCGUGCUAUUCAUUCUUCCUCUUCAAGCCGGUUUAACAAAGCUCACUAGUGUUAUAAGACGUCAAACUGCUCAAAGGACUGAUAAGCGCAUUAAGUUGAUGGCUGAAAUUAUUAAGGGAAUACAGGUUCUCAAGAUGUACGCUUGGGAGAAGCCAUUCCAAGCAGUGGUUAAAGCAGCUCGUGCGUACGAAAUGCGCGCCCUCUGGAGAUCUGUCUUCAUUCGCAGUACAUUCCUCAAUUUUAUGUUGUUUACCGAAAGGUCCAUACUAUUUAUUACCAUAUUGACUCUUAUAUUGACGGACAACAUGAUCACAGCAGAAACGAUUUAUCCCAUUCAACAAUACUUUGGAAUAAUUCAAAUGAACGUAACACUGAUAUUACCGAUGGCUAUUGCGAGUUUAUCUGAGAUGUUGGUCUCUUUAGAGCGUAUCCAGGAAUUUCUCAUGUUGGAUGAGAGGUUGGAAGACCACGUCUCACCAAAAACAAAUUUAUCAGAAAAUAUAGUAAACAAUCCUCAAAACGGCAAAGACCUAUCAGAUCUAAGACCAAGGAUUUCAGCUACUAAUAAACAAUCGGUGGAGCAGUCUUCCUUGUCUGAAUAUGUUGUGGAGUUGAAUAACGCCAGUGCAUCAUGGAGUGAUGCUAAAGAUCCUGCAGAAAUGACUCUGAAAAACAUAUCACUGCGUGUACGAAGGAACAAAUUGUGUGCUGUUAUUGGACCAGUAGGUUCUGGAAAAUCAUCACUUCUUCAAGUGCUGUUGAAGGAACUACCACUUAUGACGGGCAGCGUAAAUGUCAAAGGAAGAGUUUCUUACGCCUGUCAAGAAUCCUGGCUAUUCCCGGGAACGGUGCGAGAAAAUAUUUUGUUUGGAUUACCUUACGAUGUUGACAAAUAUAAGGAGGUUUGCAGAGUAACUUGCUUACAGCCGGAUUUUAAACAAUUCCCGUAUGGAGAUUUGUCGUUGGUAGGAGAAAGAGGAGUGUCUCUUUCUGGCGGACAAAGAGCCAGAAUAAACUUGGCCAGAGCUAUCUAUCGUGAGGCUGACAUUUAUUUGCUUGACGAUCCUCUGUCAGCCGUGGAUGCAAAUGUAGGAAGGUUGUUGUUCGAGGGAUGCAUUAAAGGAUAUCUGAAGAACAGUACUUGUAUUCUAGUCACUCAUCAAAUUCACUACCUCAAAUCGGCUGAUUUCAUCGUUGUAUUAAGUGAAGGUGCCAUAGAAAAUAUGGGCUCAUAUGACGAACUGGUUAAGACUGGAACUGAAUUUACAGCACUACUGUCUAGUUCAAGCGAAGGUGGUGAAAUUGAAUCGGACAAAAAAGAUAGACCCCCAUUCAUGACUCGAAUUUCGAGGAUCUCCGUCAAGAGCGAAGAAGGUGACGAGGAAAAGGCGCAAGUCUUAGAAGCAGAAGAAAGAGCCACUGGCAGUCUCAAAUUUGAAGUGAUCUGGCAAUACCUCAAAGCUGUGCAAUCUUGGUGCUAUGUUCUUUUGGCGCUGUUUGCAUUGCUCAUUACUCAAGGCGCUGCUACUACCUCAGACUUUUGGCUCAGUUUCUGGACAAAUCAAAUAAGUGGCUAUCUACUUUCAUUACCUGCUGAAACAGAACCAGAUACAAGCUUGGAUGCCCAAAUCGGUUUACUGACAACAGCGCAAUACCUGACAGUGUAUGGCUCUGUGAUAUUAGGAAUUAUUUUAUUCUCUCAACUUAGGAUUAUCAGUUUUGUAGUAAUGACCAUGCGAGCAUCACAAAAUCUUCACAAUACCAUAUACGAAAAGCUGAUUGUAACUGUUAUGAGAUUCUUUGAUACGAAUCCAUCAGGUCGCGUUCUAAACAGAUUUUCGAAGGAUAUGGGCGCAAUGGAUGAACUUUUACCCCGUAGCAUUCUAGAAACAGUUCAAAUGUAUCUAUCCUUGACCAGUAUCCUCAUAUUGAAUGCUGUAGCUUUACCCUGGACUUUGAUACCAACCUUUGUACUUAUAAUUAUUUUCGGUUUCUUAUUCAAAUGGUACCUGAACGCGGCCCAAGCUGUAAAGAGAUUGGAAGGCACGACUAAAAGUCCCGUAUUUGGAAUGAUUAAUUCAACCAUAUCUGGACUAUCAACCAUAAGAAGUUCUCAGUCUCAGACUAGACUCCUGAGAUCAUUUGACAACGCUCAGGAUCUCCAUACAAGCGCAUUUUAUACUUUCGUCGGAGGUUCUACUGCAUUUGGUUUGUAUCUAGACGCCCUCUGUUUGGCUUACCUUGGUGUAAUCUUGGCUACCUUCCUCCUAAUAGACUUUAGUGCUUUGAUACCGGUGGGCAGUGUGGGUUUAGCCGUCAGUCAGUCCAUGGCACUGACGAUGUUACUUCAGAUGGCAGCACGAUUUACAGCUGACUUCUUAGCUCAAAUGACGGCUGUCGAGAGAGUUCUCGAAUACACCAAACUCCCUGUCGAACCAAAUAUGGAAAAUGGACCAACUGUUCCACCUAAACAAUGGCCAGCUCAAGGAAAUGUGCUCUUUACAAAUGUGUUUUUGAAGUAUUCUCCGGAAGAUCCACCGGUACUAAAGAAUUUGAAUUUCGAAAUUAAAAACGGUUGGAAGGUGGGUGUAGUCGGUAGGACUGGGGCUGGCAAGUCAUCGUUAAUAGCAGCUUUGUUCCGACUGUCUAAUAUCGAAGGUAGCAUCAAAAUCGAUGGUUUGGAGACAGAAGGUAUUGCUAAAAAGGAUCUCAGAUCUAAGAUUUCAAUUAUUCCACAAGAACCAGUAUUAUUUUCAGCAUCACUGCGGUAUAAUUUGGACCCAUUUAAUAAUUAUAGUGAUGACGAAAUUUGGCGAGCAUUGGAACAGGUGGAACUGAGAGAUGCAAUUCCGGCGCUAGAUUUUAAAGUGUCCGAGGGAGGCAGCAACUUCUCAAUGGGACAGCGGCAGCUUGUGUGUCUGGCUAGAGCCAUUCUACGUUCCAAUCGAAUACUUAUAAUGGACGAAGCCACUGCUAAUGUAGAUCCUCAAACGGACGCAUUGAUUCAGAAGACCAUUCGUCGUGAAUUUGCGUCAUGUACAGUUUUGACAAUUGCUCAUCGUCUAAACACAAUCAUGGAUUCAGACCGUGUGCUCGUCAUGGAUAAAGGCGAAGUCGCCGAGUUUGACCAUCCACACGUUUUGUUAUCGAGCCCUUCCAGCAAAUUCAGAUUUAUGGUUAAUGAAACUGGGGAAAAGAUGAGCAAGCUCCUUCAAGAAAUUGCAAAAAAUAAAUUUGAUAGUGAUAAUAAGGAAGCUUAA